AUGUCCAACCGCCUGCCGACCUUCAACGGCCGCGCCUCGCUCGAGCGCAUCGGCCGCUGCCUCGCCUUCGGCUGCAACCCCGACCAGACAGCCCUCGCCGCAAGCCUCGUCGCCCGCAUCGCCAAGCGCGCCGCCCCCGUCUACGCCAUCCUCCAGGGCUACCCCGCGCGCCCGGGCUUCACGAUCCCCCACCUCCGCGUGCCCGCCAACGCCACCUGGCAGCCCUCCGCGACGAGCGCCGGCCUCGACGCGACAUCGUGGCAGAGGAAAGCAGACAGCAACGCGACGUACCUGGCCAUAGCGAACGAGGCGCUGUACCAGACGCUGGCGCACGCCCGGGACACGGCGCCCCCGGACCUGGCGGCCCAGUGGCAGGCGUUGCUGUACGGCGCGCCGCCGGCUGAGGGGGCUGCGACGGCGGCGGCGGCGGUGACGAUCAAGAAUGCGAGGACCAACAUCAUGCCGAGCCACGCCAUGACCGAGCCGGAGACGAUACGCGCCUUUACGAGAUUCAUGCCCUGGACGCGGGACGCCAAGACGACGCAGAGCAUCGUCGUGCAGACGCUCAUCUGGUCGCUGACGCGCGGCACGCUGCUCGCGCGCACGGGCACGACGCUGUCGCUCUACGAGCCCAUGCCGGGUUGGCUCGUCGGCGAGCUCGACCGGCUGAGCGCCGUCGAGAACACGAGCGCCGAGACGCGCCUGCGCAAGGCCAAUGCCGUGCUGCGCGGCAUCGGCCGUGACCUGCGCCGGCUCGAGGAGCAGACGUGGAACCGCGCCGACGCCGUCGAGGACAUGGGCGCGGCCAAGGGGGCGUGA